GAGCCGACGACGACAACAGCCUCACAAACGAGUACGUAUGCACGGACGAGAUGGGGGAGGAGGGCGAGGGCAGAUGCUUCGGAACGACACCGAAGGAGAAAAACAAGUUCGCCCCGCGCACAGGGAUGACAGGAUCACAAUGGGAUGACGGACCGAGCCGACCGCCACAGAUUGGAGGAAUGCAGUACGAGAACAUUGAUUGGCAGGAGUGGAUCGCCGACCGCGCCCCCAUGCUGCACGCCCACGAUGCCUUGCACGCAGACGACUAUGGAGAUCAGACCAGCCAGGACCGUGCAG